AUGGCGUCAUCAGAACAACGCCUCCGUGACGAUAUCGACAAGCUCCGAGAAAAGCUACUGAUCUCAGAGAUAUGUAUGUUUGCAGCAGCAGCGGCCAUUGUGUCACCAAUGAUUCCAACAUGGCUGGGAGAUCUUGAGCGAGGGGAAGUCAUGUGCACCACGUUGUUGAUCCUUAUCGCAUACGUGACUUGGAGUCAAGCCAUUGAAAGACACUACUAUAUCGCCGCUGUUGAAGUCCUCUGGGACUUUGCCCCCAGCGGAAAGGAUCUGGUCACCCCAAAGAGCUACAACAUAUCAAGUGAUGCAGAUUUUUACCUGGAAAAGGGUCCGGAUCGACUUGGACAUGUGUAUAAGAAAGCCAUCUAUAAAGAAUUCACAGACGCCACUUACACUGUGGAGAAACCAAAGCCAAUAUGGCUGGGGUUUGUAGGGCCAAUACUUAAGGGUGAAGAAGGAGAUGUGCUUAUUAUUCAUUUUAAAAACUUUGCCAAGAACUAUACAUAUUCUAUGCACGCCCACGGUGUGAAAUACAACAAAACAAGUGAAGGUGCGCUCUAUGCUGAUGGCUACCACAACACAAAUGCUGCUGAGGAUUUGGUCAAACCUGGUCACAGCCAUAUCUACACAUGGACAAUCACCCCCGACGCUAGCCCCACCCAAGACAGCCCUGAAUGUCUCUCAUGGAUCUACCACUCACAUGUUCAUCCCAAUGAAGACACCAACGCAGGACUGGUGGGAUUCAUAUUUGCUUGUAAACCUGGUACACUCAGCAGACCCGUUAAACAACGUCAUUACGCCAUUUACGUGUCCAAGGUCAGCGAAUUUAGAAGCUGGUACAUAUACGAAAACAUCGACAUGUUUGCAGGAAAUGUGUCUUCAAUAGAUCUGAACGAUCUCAUAUUCCAGAAGUCCAACGCCAUGAACUCAUUUAACGGCUACAUCUACGGGAACUUGCCUGGGAUAAACGCGUGUAAAGGAGAGACAAUCGUCCUUCACUUUGCUGGUCUUGGACACACUACCGACCUGCACACAAUCGCUGUCAGCGGCCACACGUUUGAUCAGUUUCAACAUAGGCAAAACUCUGUGCGUAUCGAGGUGGCCCAGUUCGCCACAGUCACGAUGAAAGCUCGAUCUGUCGGAAGAUGGCUCAUGUAUGAUCAGGUUACAUCGCAUCUUUACGUUUAA